CAUAUGUAGGUAUAUUUGCAUCGUCUAUGCCGUUAAGUCCAAUCGUUUUAUGCUGUUACGAGUAUUACAAAAUGGUUGUGUUCGAUAACGCAAUCAUUUUUAAUAGUUAUUUCUAAUUUUUGCAAUUUGGCGUUCGUUAACACCAAAAAAAUAUCCAUUACUAAAAAUUGAGAGAGCAAAGUGACAAUUCGAUGCCAGAGAAACGCUCAAUAUGUGCUGGAGAAAUUUUAGAAACCAGUCUUUUGUGCACUUAUGGCCUCGCGCUGGUUGAAAAUAUAAUUUGUAGCCGGAAAAGUCUCAUUGUCUUGUGUCAACCCAAGCUAAGGGUCCUACUCGUUAAUGUACUUUUUUCGUAUUGAGUUGACAACCCAGGCGAGUCACGAAUAUUCAGAGAAAUUAAGAAAUGUCAAAAAUACUGUUGGGUUUGAAGGGGAAUGUACGUACUAAGGCGAAUUCGCUUUUGAAUUAGCUGAAGACAAAGCGAAUUGAGCUGGAAAGGACAAACUUCUAUCAACAUUGUACAAUGUCUAAGGCCUUUGAAAUGGACGAGCGACUGCAGGAAAUUUUCCAUUUACGACCUUUACAGGAGGAAACUAUUGCCUAUCGCAAUAAUAUAAAACUUUACCAAACUUUGAUGAAGCAGACUUGCAAAGCGGAACUUCAGAAUCUUGUAAAUGUAGAAAUGGAUAUUGCGUGCACAAAAUUGAGAAUGCCCGAUCCCAAAUUAGUGCCACCACUUUCUGCCAACUGUAUGGAUUGCACACCGAAGAUAGAAUCACUCCUGGAAGAAACUAAGAUGACUUCUAUAGGAAUGAAACUGCUAUAACAUCGUCGUCUUUAGAGAAUACAAAUCUAAAUUGGGCUUGAUUGUUGUCUUAUUUUGUUAAGGCGCUUAUAAACCAUAUGUAAACACUCGAAUGAUGGAUGCAAACUCUGAAAUACAAUACAACAAAAUUAAUUUGAGGAUACUUCAUGAUACUUUAAAAAAGCAAAUAACCCUCCAAACACCUUCAUAUAUGAACACAGCAACAUUCAAUAUAUAUAGUCUGACUUCCUAAACGUCAGUUGCGCUGCGUAAGUACAAAAUCAGAUGCUCUUAAACAAAAAAGUCUGAUGCGUAAUCGUUUGAAGUUCCAAAAUGCAUGCAUCAUAAACGGAAAUUACUCAAAACAGCAUUUUAAUAUGCAAAGCAGCGCAGUGCUAAAUUGCAAAGCGACGUUUAGGAAAUCAGCCAUACUCUUCAA